AUGUACAAAAUAUUUCCUUUUGUAAAAAUUCAUGACUUCUCAUCAGUCUUCAAAGAGUUACGUAGGGAAAUGAUAGAGUUUAAAUCAUUUAAAUUACAAUUCAACGAACUUUCAUACUUCCAACAUGGAAACAGUUGUGUUGUUUGGUUAAAACCAUCAAUCCCAGAGUGUGAAGAUAUCAUAAAUAAAAUUUAA